UUUUAUAAAAGUAGGAAUGGGAUGGCGCACUCGCACACUCACGAGGAAGGAUGCUGUUCGGGACAUUUGAUCGUAGCACCGUCCACACAGCAGACAUUAAAUGAGCUGGACUUUGAACGAGGAAUAUGGAGUUCAGCUGUAGAUGGCGACUCAAAAGAUAUUCAGAAAAAAGUAGACAAAGGCGUCGAUGUCAACACGAAAGAUAGUUCAGGAUACUCUGCCUUACACUAUGCCUGUCGUAAUGGCCACACUGAAUCAGUGGAGCUGCUGGUUCAGUACGGUGCCGAUGUGAACAUCAGCACCAACUCAGGAACCACGCCUCUUCACAGGGCGGCCUACAUGGGCCACACCGACAUCGUGACCUUUCUGCUAAAGAAAGGUGCCAAACCCCUUCUGUGUGACUCUGAUGGAUUGACACCUCUACACAAGGCUACAGAAAAGGGACACACGGAUGUCUGCAAGUUAAUAUUAAGUCACUGUCCAGAGUCCAAAGAAAUCUCAGACAAGAAGGGGAGGCAACCUAAGGAUUUCACCUCCAGUUCAGAAAUCUUGUUGCUCUUUAGUGGAUGAAGAUGUUCAUGUAUUUGAACUGUUCGUCUCCGCAAACAUUAGCAAAACAUUACCAGUUUCGGUUCAUGCUUAAAAUGAACUUGAUUUCCCAUAAAGAAGUCGUCCCAAAAUGAAAUGUAUCCUGAGAAUGUUGAAAAUGAUAAACUGCCUUAUUGUUGAUCCCUUUUAUGGUGGCACUAUUAGAAGAGGUUGUUGUUACUGCAGAACUGUGCCUAGCUUAAAAUACACAAAAGGGUUGGGGCAGUUGAAAAACAAAGUGUGCACAGUAAUGCUGGAUCUUCUUCAGAUAGUAAAAAAAAAAAAAAAGAA